AUGCUAUUCCUUACCACAAUCCGGGCAGUCUAUUUCGUGCAGAAGGAUACAGGGCUCUUUCUCUCAACCACAGGAGACAAGUUUGUGAUAAAUCACGAGCCAAAUGAUUUUGAGAUAGCAGACACGAAGGAGAAGGAGAAGAAGGUGAUAAAGUACAAUGGGAAGGCAAUGACGAACAGUUUCAAGGCAUUCAGAAACAACCAGGCCAAGUUGAAGAGUGCCAGUGGGCGAGACAACCAGGAAAUGCGAGUUGUAUUCACAGGAAGGGGAACUGUUGGAAUUGCGAAUGGAUGGAAGUGUCUCAUAAACAAGGAAGGACAAGCCAAGUUCAAAUGGUGCAGCAGUGGUGGAAUGGCUGAAUUCAGAAUGUGCUAUGAUCACUAUUGUUUAAGAAGAUAUGGAAGAUUAGGAGGAAUGGGUCAUGGAGGAGGCCAUGGCGGAUUCGGAGGUGGAUUUGGUGGCGGUGGCUACGGAUUUGGAUUCGGAGGUGGAUUUGAUGACGGAUUUGAUGGUGGAUUUGAUGGAUAUGGCGGAUUUGGAGGAGGUUUCGGUCACGGUGGUGGAUUUGGAGGCGGAUUUGGUCACGGUGGUGGCUAUGGCGAUGGCUACGGUGGAUUUGAAGACGACUGCUUUGGUGGUGGAUACGGUCACGGUGGUGGCUACAACAGGGGACAUGGUAGACGUAGAUUUGAUGACUACAGUGAUAACGGAUUUGGAUCAGAUUUCUAUGAUUCAUGUUCAGAUGAUGAAUUUGAUAAGGAAGCAGCAAGAAAGCAGUCUCCUUAUAAGGAUAUUGCAUUCAAAAGCAGAAAAGUGAGACGUAUUCGAGACAACUAUGCUACAGUUGAUGAAUACAAUAUGAGGAAGAAUAUGCCAUUGAACAAGAAGCAGCUUCAGAAUUUGGGGAACCUGAGAAGAUGUGGAGCAAUGCACUGUCCUUUGGAUGCAGAAUCACAGGCACUGUUUGACAAAUUGUGUAUGGGAAUAAAAAUAAAGACAGGUUUGGAAAACGGGGAAAUAAGUGGAAACCCAAUGAAUUACGUAAGAUGUUGUAGCACAAAUCCACUAUGCCCAGUAUGUGCAUGA